UUACUGAUAAUCUUAAUCACUGAGCCGGCGGGAGUGAAGCUGCCGGUUCGCAGCCAGCCGAGCGAGUGUGAAAAGAGAAGUUAAGUUCUAGUUUCCGGUGACACAGUCAGUCAAGCCUCGCAGGGAUCCUCGCUGGCGGCUUGCGGCGGCCGGAAAACCAGCAGCGGCACCAGCAGCAACAGGGCGCCGGAGCCGAGCGAGAUGUCAGCGGCGGCUCUAGCCUCCAGCUUCCAGGGGAACUACCGACGAACCGCCACGCCGCUACCCGCCACUCCCAGCAAUAACAACAGCAGCAGCGGCAGCGGGAGAGGAUGCGAAUGUUGACCGGGCGGUGGAGUCGACUCACACGGGGAGGAUGUAGCAGUUCCGCGCUCAAAGGCGAGGAGAGAAGAGUGGACAGUAGGACGAUCCACAUCGGCCAUCGUCCACGUUCUGCCAGCGAGCCUUUCACCCCGCCAAAGUUUUGUGACAACAGAAUCGUGUCAUCCAAGUAUACCGUGUGGAACUUUUUACCAAAGAACCUGUUUGAACAGUUCAGAAGAAUUGCCAAUUUCUACUUCCUUAUCAUCUUCCUGGUGCAGGUGAUAGUGGACACCCCCACCAGCCCAGUCACCAGUGGCCUACCUUUAUGUUUUGUGAUUACCGUGACAGCCAUCAAGCAGGGCUACGAGGACUGGCUGCGGCACAAGGCCGACAACGAGGUGAACAAGUACCCGGUGACGGUGCUGGAAAAGGGUCGGAGGCUACGGAAGGACAGCGAGAAGAUUAAGGUGGGAGAUGUUUUGGAAGUGGAGGAAGACGAGACGUUUCCCUGUGAUUUAAUCCUGCUCCAAUCCAGCAGAGAUGACAGCACCUGUUUUGUUACCACUGCAAGUCUGGAUGGAGAGUCCAACCACAAAACACAUUACACUGUUCCAGACGUAGAGGAUCUGGAAUCACUCAGUGCCACGAUCGAGUGCGAGCAGCCGCAGCCUGACCUUUAUAAGUUUGUCGGCCGUAUGCACAUCUACAAAAGCAAUCAGGAACCUGCAGUCAGGUCCUUGGGCCCUGAGAACCUGCUGCUGAAAGGGGCAACUUUAAAGAAUACGCAGAAGGUGUUUGGUGUUGCUGUUUACACUGGCAUGGAGACUAAAAUGGCUCUCAACUACCAGGGCAAGUCUCAGAAGCGUUCUGCUGUGGAGAAGUCCAUCAAUGCCUUCCUUUUGGUUUACCUUUGCAUAUUGUUGAGCAAGGCACUAGUGUGCACAACACUCAAGUAUGUUUGGCAAAACACGCCCGGGCAGGAUGAGCCCUGGUAUAAUGAGAAAACCCAGAAGGAGAAAGAAACCAAUCUGUACCUAAAGAUGUUCACUGACUUCCUGUCAUUCAUGGUGCUCUUCAAUUUCAUCAUUCCUGUGUCCAUGUAUGUAACGGUUGAGAUGCAAAAGUUCCUCGGAUCCUUUUUCAUUGGCUGGGACAAAGACUUUUUUGACCCAGAAAUCCAGGAAGGAGCGCUCGUCAACACCUCCGACCUCAAUGAGGAACUAGGACAGGUGGAGUACGUCUUCACGGACAAGACGGGUACCCUCACCCAGAAUAACAUGGAGUUCAUCGAGUGCUGCAUCGACGGAAUCCAGUACAAGCACCACAACACGGACUCGGCGGGGGACGGACUGUGUGUCACAGAUGGGCCCGUGAAUGGACUGAAGCAAAAAGCUGACAAGGACCGUGAGGAGCUCUUUCUGCGCGCGCUUUGCCUGUGCCACACGGUCCAGGUGAAGGAGUCCCCCGAGCAGAGUCAGCUUCAACAGGUGGACCAGGUGGACUGGCUGCAAACGGACGGCGAGGCGCACGAGCAACCUCGCAACCAGGCGGGCUUCAUUGCUUCCUCACCUGACGAGGUCGCUCUGGUCAAGGGUGCCAUGAGGUAUGGCUUCACAUUUCUGGGUCUGGAAAGUAAAGCCAUGAAAAUCCUCAACAACAGCAAUGAAAUCGAAGUAUACGAGCUGCUCCAUGUGUUGAACUUUGACCCAGUGAGAAGGCGCAUGAGUGUCAUUGUCAAAGGCAAAUCAGGUGAUAUCCUGCUCUUCUGCAAGGGAGCAGACUCCUCCAUUUUCCCCCGUGUCAAACUGGAGGAAGUGGAACGGAUGCGCACGCACGUGGACCGGAAUGCAGAGGAAGGCUACAGAACAUUGUGUGUGGCUUACAAAUGUCUCAGCACAGAGGAGUACGCCCAGGCAGACGCGGGACUGAGGGAAGCCAGGCUGGCCUUGCAGGACCGAGAGGCGAAGCUCAUGGCUGUUUACAACGAGGUGGAGACCGGCAUGAGUCUCAUCGGGGCGACUGCCGUUGAAGACCGGCUUCAAGAGGAGGCGGCGGAGACGAUGGAGGCGCUGCAGGGGGCCGGCAUCAAGAUCUGGGUCCUAACGGGGGACAAAAUGGAGACGGCCAAGUCCACCUGUUUCGCCUGUCGACUGUUUCAGAGGAGUACCGAGCUGUUGGAGCUGACAGUGCGCACUCUGGAAGGAGGUCGGAAGCGCGAGGAACGGCUGCACGAGCUCCUAAAGGAGUAUCACAAGAAAGCCGUGCAGGAGGCGCCGCUCUUUGAAGCUGCCAGCGCUCGCAGGAGCUGGUCCUCUCCUAACCAGGACUACGGUUUUAUUAUUGAUGGAGCCUCUCUGUCAAUGGUGCUCAACUCUACGGAUUCCAACUACAGGAACCUUUUCCUCCAAAUAUGUCAAAACUGCACUGCUGUGCUCUGCUGCCGUAUGGCUCCGUUGCAAAAGGCCCAGAUUGUGAAGCUGGUAAAGACCUCUAAGGGCAACCCGAUCACCCUCUCCAUUGGAGACGGUGCCAACGAUGUCAGCAUGAUUUUGGAAGCUCACGUCGGCAUUGGAAUUAAAGGCAAAGAAGGCCGCCAGGCGGUGAGGAACAGUGACUACGCCAUCCCCAAGCUCAAACACCUCAAAAAGCUCCUGCUGGCACAUGGACACCUUUACUAUGUUCGCAUCGCUCACCUGGUGCAGUAUUUCUUUUACAAGAACCUUUGCUUCAUCUUACCUCAGUUUUUGUACCAGUUUUUCUGUGGCUAUUCCCAGCAGCCCCUCUUUGAUGCAGCCUAUCUGACGAUGUACAACAUCUGCUUCACCUCUAUGCCCAUCCUGGCUUACAGCCUCUUGGAGCAGCACAUCUGCUUGGAGGCUCUGCUGAGCAAUGCCCCCCUCUACAGAGAGAUUCGCAAGAACGCCAUGUUGCGGUGGAGACCCUUCCUCUAUUGGACUUUGCUCGGAGUAUUCCACGGUUUGGUCUUCUUCUUUGGUGUCCGAUGCCUGUUUAGAAACUCCGCCCUGCAGGACGACGGCCAGGUUUAUGGAAACUGGUCGUACGGCACAAUCGUCUUCACCGUCCUGGUCUUCACUGUCACACUAAAGCUUGCUUUGGACACCCGCCACUGGACGUGGAUCAACCACUUUGUCAUUUGGGGCUCCCUUGCUUUUUACAUGCUCUUCAGUUUCUUCUGGGGAGGAAUAAUAUGGCCCUUCCUUCGCCAGCAGCGUUUGUACUUUGUCUUUGCCACCACGCUGAGUUCACUGACAGCCUGGCUUGUUAUGAUCCUGCUCAUCGUGCUCAGCCUGCUCCCGGAGAUCCUGCUGGCCGUGGUCCGCAAGCCCUGCAGCCCGUUUGCUCAGAAGAAGAAGCCGGUUCAGUCGAACGCCGGGGGCCCCCCCUCUCCCCUGUCGUCAGCCAGGCCCCUGCUCAUGAGAACCUUUUCAGACGAGUCCAAUACUGUCAUUUAAACAAGCCGCCAGAGGAUGACCUCCAGUGAGCACCCAGGUGGAAGCGGUGGCGACCGUCUCCUACAUGCAGCUCAAGGCGCGCCAGUGAAAAGCGGGACUCGCACCAAGAGCGGCGGCCACAUUCAGGGUUCAGGUCUGACCGCCGCCCCAGGAGGAUAAAAACAGACUGCAAGUUUUUUUUUCCCGUCCCGAGGCCACGCCCUCCUCAUGGCGCCCACGCAUGGUUACUGGAAAGGAAAAACACUCAAGACGUGAGUACUCCCAUCUUUUUUUCGCCUUGCGUGUCCGAUGUCCACUCCAGGCCGCAUGGGAAAAUAAACACUUUCUAGAGUCUCACGGUUUUUAAGAUGACGUCCUGGUCCGAGAUCUGCUUCAUGGCUCUUUUACCUUCUUUUCCAUCAUUUUUUUUUUUUUCAAGUCACACACUCGCAGGUUUAAAUUGUGCAAGAACCAAACUGUAUCAAUUUGAGAAUUGAUUAAGUCCAAAAUGUUUGUGUGUUUGCGUGCGUUUGUGUUUGCACGUGUGUCUGUGUGUGUGUGUGUGUGUGUGUGUGUGUGGAGGACUUGAUUAGUGAUGUUGGACCUAAAUAGUUGAGUUGAUUAUGUCCGAGUCUAGUUAAGAAAAGAGGAAUAAUAUAUGUGAUUUACUGUACGUAAAGAAGCUCCGAAAAGCCAAAAAAAAAGGUCAGAGUCAAACACUCGCAGGUUUAAAUUAUGCAAGAACCAAACUGUAUCAAUUUGAGAAUUUAUUAAGUCCAAAAUGUGUGUGUGUUUGCAUGCGUUUGUGUUUGCGUGUGUGUGUGUGUGUGUGUGUGUGUGUGUGUGUGUGUGUGUGUGUGUGUGUGUGUGUGUGUGUGUGGAGGACUUGAUUAGUGAUUUCGGACCUAAAUAGUUGAGUUGAUCAUGUCCGAGUCUAGUUAAGAAAAGAGGAAUAAUAUAUGUGAUUUACUGUAUGUAGAGAAGCUCCGAAAAGCCAAAAAAAAGGUCAGGAAUGUCGUGUCUUCGCACUUGUGUGACUCACUAGAUCAGGCCUGGGCAAUUAUUUUGACUCGGGGGCCAAAUUUUUAGAAAAAACUGUAUCUGGGGGCCGGUAUAUCCAUUUUUAGGAAAACUAAUACAAAACCUGACAAUAAAGUCUGAUUGAAUCUAAAAAUGUUAUGACAGACCGCCUUAAAAACGGAAUGGAUUUUUUUUCUAUGCACGAUAAAACCCUGAAUAUUGAGAACAUAUGAACGUCACACCCCCCCUCUCAAUCCACAUAUAUUACAAUCAACCCAAAUGCAACAAAAAUGCAACAAACACAGCCAAACAUGAACGUGAAGGGUAAAAAAACAAAAAACAUCUACAAUCUGAUAUAUGUGAUGUAUCACUAAGCUUUAGAACUUUCUUGUAAAAAUCUCUUUCCACGUCUGUCCCUGACACCCACAUUUCAGGCUCUGUGGAAACACUCUGUGGAAACGCUCCCCACCCACACUGCUUGUUGCCUCGUCUGAGCUGCUGUGACGUAGAUUACCAUAGUAACUAAUAAGGUUAGUAUACGGGUAUUAGUAUAGUACCGCGAUACUAAUUAAUCAUAUUUGGUACCAUACCAGCUCUGAAAAAUACUGGCCCUCCACACCCUAAGAUUUUUUGUUAAAAUAAAGCCUGUAAUGCAAUUUUUUCUGGUCCCCUUUAUUUGGAAAAGAAUCGAAAAGUAUCAAAAUAAUAUCAGGACAACACUAGUUACUAAAAUAUCAUGCAAAAGCGCAGAUUCCAACCAUUGAAAUACUUUGUAUAGUUGAACACUUAUGGUCAUUAGAAAACAUGACUGCACAUCAUAAUGGCAGCUAGACUUUCCAUCUUAAAGAUUUAAAAAAAAAAAAUUGGGGAAUGUCCGGCGGGCCCGAUCGAAAAUCUUAACGGGCCGCAUGUGGCCCCCAGGCCUUAAUUUGCCCAGGUCUGCACUAGAUGUUUUCUGUCUUCUCGUCAGUUUUAGUGAUUCACCAGUCGGACGUUGGGAGACAUUUUCUCAUUAAAUAGCAUGAUUUUGACAGUUUUUGUACCAAAACGAGCAGGCCACACUUCAAACGUGCACUGUAACCCGAGGACCCCAGGGUCGGCAACCUUCAGCUCGUCCUCUUCGUCUGAGAUUUUUUUUUUCCCCCCAACAACUAAGUGAGGAAUUUUCAAGAAGAGUUCUAUAUUAUUCUGAUUGUCCGUGAGACUGUGCAUGUACAGCACAGGUCUUGGACACACCUAAUCCUAAUUCAAUGGGUUUUUUUUAUGUUCAGGACUAUUCCAGAUUGUCACUGAAGGCAUCAAAACUAUAAAUAAACACAUGCGGAGUUAUGUUCUUAACAAAAAAAGGUGAAAUCAUUCUAGUUUCUUCAAAAUAGCCAUUCUCUGCUUACUGCGUUGCACACUCUUGGCAUUCUCUCGAUGAGCUUCAAGCACACCUGUGAAGUGAAAAACAUUUCAGGUGACUACCUCUAGAAGUGCAUCUAAAAUCCAUUAUUUCUGGUGGGCGCUGUGGCGCCCUACUCUGUUCAGCAGUCCUUGAACACACCGUAAAAACGCACCGGUUUAGUUUGUCAAACGAUUGCUCUGUGCUAAAAGAGCACAAUUUGUCGGUUCAAUAUGCAAAAUUCAAUAUCUCUGUCGCUCAGACAGUUUGAGCUUCAAGAGGUAGUCACCUGAAAUGGUUUUCACUUCACAGGGGAGCUUGAAGCUCAUUGAGAGAUUGCCAAGAGUGUGCAAAGCUGUAGUCAGAGCCAAGGGUGGCUAUUUUGAAGAAACUAGAAUACAAAACAUGUUUUCAGUUGUGUUAAGUACAUAACUGCAUACGUGUUUAUUCAUAGUUUCAACACCUUCAGUGACAAUCUACAAUGUAAAUAGUCGUUAAAAUAAAGUUAAUUCUUAGUUUCGAUGCCUUCAGUGACAACCUACAUGUGUCCGUUAAACUGAGACUAACAGGGUCAUAUUCCUACUGCAUGUGGAAGGCUCUUCACGAAUACUCGGAAGAAAAUAGAGAGUUAAAUUUUGCGCGCAGCAAUUUGAUGGUCAGUAAAAUAAAAAUAUUGUAAGUAAUUUGUCACGUUUCAUGUGUCAGUUAAACUGAGACGAACAGGGUAAUAUCCCUGCUGCAUGUGAAAGGCUCAUCAAAAUACUCCGAAGAAAAUAGAGUUGAAUUUUGCGUUGACCGAUCUGAUGGUCAGUAAAAUAAAAUAUUGUAAGUCAUUUGUCACGUGUCAUUUGUCAGUUAAACUGCGACGAACAGGGUCACAUUUCUACUGCAUGUGGAAGGCUCAUCAAAAUACUCCGAAGAAAAUAGAGUUGAAUUUUACGUUGACCGAUCUGAUAGUCAGUAAAAUAAAAUAUUGUAAGUCAUUUGUCACGUUUCAUGUGUCAGUUAAACUGAAACAAACAGGGUCAUAUCUCUGCUGCAUGUGGAAGUCUCAUCAAAAUACUACGAAUAAAAUAGAGUUGAAUUUUGCGUUGACCGAUCUGAUGGUCAGUAAAAAAAAAAUAGUGUAAGUAAUUUGUCACGUUUCAUGUGUCAGUUAAACUGCGACAAACCGGGUCAUAUCCCUGCUGCCUGUGGAAGUCUCAUCAAAAUACUACGAAUAAAAGAGUUGAAUUUUGCGUUGACCGAUCUGAUGGUCAGUAAAAUAAGAUAUUGUAAGUAAUUUGUCACGUUUCAUGUGUCAGUUAAACUGAAACAAACAGGGUCAUAUCCCUGCUGCAUGUGGAAGGUUUAUCACCAAUAUUUGGAAUAAAAUAGAGAGUUUAAUUUAGCGCGGAGCGAUUUGAUGGUAAAUAAAAUAAAAAUAUUGCAAGUUUAUAAGCUGUUGUUUUGUGGCUCGGGAUUAUUGCGCUUUAAUGCAACGUAUUUAUGGCCACACGUGAGAAAUGUAGAAAAAUGAUGGUGAAAGGCUGCCGACCCAGGUUGUGAGAAUUUAAGGUGGCCUGCCAGGGAGUUCCACAAAAUAAAACCCUCAGAGGAGCUUUUUUAAAAAAUAUCCAAAAAGAGGCAAAUGCACCUUCUUUAUGAAUGUUAUGAGUGAGUGUCUCCUGACCUUUGACUGGUUCCUGCUAGGUUCCUGCAAGGAGCAGUUUUAUCUUGACACGCUCACAGCACUCCUGCACUAUUGACCACGCCCACCCUCCGGUGUCAAAGGUCACCGAGGCACACGGCCCUCUUGCACAAGUCGCAUAACAGCCACACCCGAAAUGCACUAACUGUCCAGACCUGGAAGCAGCGUUCUUGAAAAUCUGUCAGUCGAGUGACUUUUUUGUCAUACAUUCCAUUUUUGUCACGCAAUCACUUUACAACACAAAUAUUGUUUGACUUACCAAAUGUUGUAUUUUUUACUGGGGAGUCCGCCCGUGUCCGCAUCACACACCACACACACUAAAUAAUCAGGUGGCGCUCGGCUUUUCCAAGCUUCUUCUUCACUUUGAUACGUUACCUCCAGACCGCACUGCGCUGGCGACGGACUGCUUUGUUACACGGCAUCGGCGAUGCUCCCUGGAGUCCCAACGUCUUGCUUGUCCAAAAAAAAAAAAAAAGAAUAUGUCACGAGAGCGGAUUGUAUUUUUAACCUUUUUUUUCCAA